UAUUCUGGAGUGAUUGGGGCGAGAAUGCGACCAUCUGGCGAGCAGACAUGGACGGCUCCAACAAGAACGCACUCAUCGACGAGGAACUGCAGUGGCCCAACGGAAUUGCUCUGGACACUGUCAGGGAAAGAGUCUUCUUUGCUGAUGGGCACUCUGCACAGGAGAAGAUUGAAUACACAGACUAUAGAGGUGUGAACAGAACAGAGCUGGUCCACCUGACAGACACACAUGUGGACCAGGUGUUUGGGCUGACCAUGCACGACAACACCCUCUUCUACUCGGACUGGGUCAGCAAAGGGAUCCACCUGACUAACCUUGAGAGUGGUAUCACCCAGGUACUGGUGGAAGGGCUGACUCGUCCCACACAGUUGUACCUGCACCACCCUCAGCCAUAUCCUGAAAAUGAAUGUACAGCGUAUGGGUGCAGUGACAUGGCCAUCCCAGUACCUGGUGGCUGCCACUGCAAGUGUAGAGUGGGCAGGAAGUUGAAGGCAGAUGACAAGACAUGUGAAACAGCACCUGAACCAUGGAUCCGUGUGGAGGACUGGAGAUGUGCUCAGUCCUGCCAUGAGCAGGCAUACUGUGCUGUGGAGGUCAGCAACCCCACCAUAUACAGAUGUGUCUGCAAGGCAGGUUACCAAGGAAACGGUUUCCAAGGAAGCGGUUGCACAGCAUGUGAUUUUGGGUACUACAAGUCCGUGCUGCGACCAGGACAGUGUACCCAGUGCCCCGACGGUGUGUCGUCCACAGCUGCCAGGACGAGCUGUGUGUGCCGCGGGGGUCUCCAGUGGUACAUGGGGGAAUGCACCUCUGAUGUACCUGAGGUGACGGCCAGACCAACAACACCAUUGGUCUUCCCAGGCACCAUGCCACGCUUUGAAAGCUGUCCAGACACUCACAGCUGGCAGCUACCCGAGGAUGCAAACUACGUGACAUGGGACAUCCGGCUGCGCGCCUUGGACGGGUAUGAUCGCCCCCUGGAGAUCAGCCCUAGGGUCCCCAGUAAGAUCUACUAUGGCACAGGCAGCAUGAUACACCAGUUCACAGCCACAGAUCAGUGGGACAACAUGGUCAAAUGUAGGAUUGAGGUCACCAUAGAAGAUAUAACCCCUCCCCAAUUGGUCUGCCCUGAUGACAUCAUUGUGGAGACAUCUGGAGAGUCAGCAAUUGUCAGAUGGGAUGCUCCUGUCACCAGUGAUAACAGUGGCAAGAAACCCAUGCUGACCAGCUCCCGCACGCCAGGGUCACGGUUCUUCCGCGAGAACUCCCCUCACACGGUCACAUAUUCAGCAAGGGACGAAGCAGGAAAUCCCUCCACAUGUUCAUUUAUUGUUGCAGUACAAGGUAUGAAAUAGUUGGGCUACACCAAUUCA